AAAUGACAAAAUAGGGUAUUUUGACUCCAUCAUUCGAAAAGCGGAGGCGGCGGGUACUACUGCGGAGCGAGGUGGGCUCCGUCGGCAUCAUCACAUCAGCCUUGUUUGUUUGUUUGUUUAGUGAUUCUUGCUAAAGUGGGUUCUCAAUAGCACAAAUUCAUAUCAAGCACUUGAGCAUCUAUGGGUAUAAUCAGGAGUGGCUUCUCUUUCAUAGCAGGGACAGUAUGUGGAGUUUACUUGGCUCAGAAUUAUCAAGUUCCUAACGUCACAAAGUUAGCUGACACUGCCUUGUUUAUGGUAAAAGUUGUGGAGGAAAAAUACCGCAAGCCCAAGAAGAGGGAUGAUGAUGAUUAGUGCCUAACAAGUGCUAUAUUGAAAUCAGGUUCUUGUUUAGUUUUUCUUUUAAAAUUCUGGAUUAUAGGAUCGAAAACCUCAAUUAACUAAGCUUUUGGAAAACAUGAAUUAGUAGAAGAUUUUUGUGGAAGCAUUCUUAGCAAUGAUAAGCUUAUUAUUUAGUCCUUUCCUAGGGAAACGUUCUCAUUCUUCUGUUGUCUUCCUUGCUCUGAAAUCUGAAUCUUAUUCUUAGACACGAGUUAAAAGGUCAGAUUUCAGAUUUCAGAUACUCAGUUUCUUGAAUCUUGGAUGAUAAGUUAGCUUAAGGCAAGAGAUCUGUUCCAUGGUCAUCAGAGUUGUAUUUAAUAGUAUUUAAUUAUAAUUUAUGUCCCCAAUAACAAAUAUUUUAGGUGAUAUUAUCCAUUAUCUGAUGCUUUUAAUGAUUAAUAUCUGAUCAGGGUUUGUUCUUUUA